UGGUUUUUUGGACAGAACAUUGGGAGCACAAAUAUCAUUCUUGUGUAAAAUUAAAAAAAAAAAAACAGAGCAGGGAAGUCUGAAAGAAUGGAGAAAGUGAUGAACCUGAUAAAGCCGAAGCCUGAUCCGAAGCAAAUCUUACGUGAUUGGCAACGCAAGCUUCGUCAAGAGUGCCGUAACAUCGAACGCCAAAUCCGAGAUAUACAGAAAGAAGAGAGAACGGUUCAGAAAGCUAUUAAAGAAGCUGCUAAGCGGAACGAUAUGGUCUCAGCAAAGGCGCUUGCUAAGGAGGUUGUGAGUGCGAGAAGAACAGUUAACCGUUUAUAUGAAAACAAGGCCCAGAUGAAUUCCAUAUCAAUGCACCUCGGAGAAAGUGUUGCUGUUGCUCGGACCGUUGGGCAUCUGUCCAAGAGCGCAGAGGUUAUGAAGCUUGUCAAUAACCUCAUGAAGGCUCCUCAAAUGGCUGCAACUAUGCAGGAGUUCAGCAAAGAGAUGACUAAGGCUGGAGUUAUUGAGGAGUUUGUGAACGAGGCCAUUGACAAUGCACUAGAUUCAGAGGAUAUGGAGGAAGAGAUCGACGAAGAGGUUGAUAAAGUGUUGACUGCUAUCGCUGGAGAAACCGCUGCUGAGCUUCCAGAAGCUGUCAGGAAGGAAAGGAUAAAGGUGCCUGCACAGAAGGCGAGCACUUCCCGCGAGGAAGAGGCAAUUGCAGAAGGUGUUGAUGAUGAGGAAGAACUGGAGGAGAUUCGAGCUCGCCUCGCUAAAGUUAGAUCCUAACUUGAUUCCAGUGACUCUUUUUUACACACGAUUUUUAUUGAUCCAAGGAACUCUUGAAGGUGAUGAGAGAGAACAUAAGGAGAUUGAUGUGUAUUGUAUAAUAUAAUUGAAUUGCCUUAUAACAUUGUAAUCAUAAGCUGUCUUUUGGUAACAAAGUUUUCUUUUACA